AUGGGUAUCAAAAUCGUCAUUGUAGGCGGCAGUGUCGCUGGCCUUUCUCUUGCCAAUAUGCUGGAGAGAUUCGACAUCGAAUACACGAUUCUCGAAGCGUAUCCUGAGAUUGCGCCCCAAGUCGGAGCUAGCAUCGGCUUACUUCCCAACGGCCUGCGCAUCCUGGAUCAACUAGGCUGCUAUGAGCGACUCCGAGAGGCUGCUGGAAACUACUACCACAGGGUGACCUUCCGCGAUGCGAAUGGGAAACCAAACUCAUCAGCUCCUGGACCUACUAUUUCAGAAAGAAUGGAGAAACACGCCGGAUACGCGUCUUUAUGGUUAGAUAGACAGAUGUUACUUCAAAUCCUGUACGACAACUUGAAACAAAAGGACAAAGUCCUUACGAGCAAGCGUGUAGUCCACGUGGAAACCAGCUCUACAGGAGUUUUGGUCACCACGGAGGAUGGAUCGACACAUACCGGCGAUAUCCUGGUCGGCGGUGAUGGAGUUCAUAUCGUACAAUCGAGCAUGAAGUGCAUCUUCGGAAUUUCUAAGCAACCAGUAAACUUCCCGCCUGGUGCUACUCAGCAGAGCACGUUCUUCCGAGGCCAUCUAUACCUGGUCAUAUCCGCACCGGGAGACCGGGUGUAUUGGUUCCUGUUCCACGAAUUAGGAGAGACAAAAUUCGGAAAAGACAUUCCUAAAUUCUCUAAGGAGGAUGAGUUCUUGCUGUCGACACAACAUCGACAUGAUCACAUCACAGAAGAACUGACGUUCGGGGAUCUCUACGACAACCGUAUCAAGUCUACCUUGGUCCCGUUGGAGGAACAUGUGUUCAGGCGAUGGCAUUUCCAGAGGAUUCUUAUCAUUGGUGAUGCGGCAACCAAGGUUCAUCCGAUCUCAGCUCAAGGAGGAAACGGUGCGAUUGAGGCGGCAGCGAAUCUUGUCAACGCCCUCACGCGUAGCGAGAUUCCAACCUCUCCAGACCUCCAACCUGAAUUCAUCGAAAAGGCGCUAAGUGAAGUAUGCGCGAUUCGAUAUGAACGGGCCUCCAGCAUGAUGAAGAAGGGUCGUCGAGAUGGCGCAUUCCUCUGCCAACAGCCGCCGUUUUCAGGGCUUAUUAUACAUUACGUCUUACCCUGGCUCGGGGAUGACCUCUUCUUCAAAGAAAUUCUCAAGCAGUCUCUUGCUGGUCCACAUAUAGAGAAGCUCCCCGCACCGGAAAGACCCCAUACGACGCCUUACAAUGACGAGUUGCCUGCAAUUUCUUCUAGGUACUCCUUGUUUGGUUGGAAUACCGGGACGCUCUUAGUGGUGACUCUUGGUGUGUCUCUAUACCUAGUUCAAAGUGCUGGACGGUUGGUAUGGGUGCCCAAAACCCGCUAG